GCGUGUUUGUAACUUGUCCGUCUCUCAAUCUCCAACACUCCACAUUUUCGCUGCCUCGCAAAACCACCACCACCAUGAGGCUGGCUAACAAGCAAAUCGAAAAAGACGGCUCGGGCUGGGUCGAGCUCAUCCCCGAAGACGAGGAGGACAUGUGGCACGUCUACAACCUCAUCUCGGAGGGCGACGAAGUGCGCGCGAAGACGGACCGCAAAGUCCACAGUACAAGCAGCACAGGCACGACGACAAGCUACCGUGUGCAGCUGAACCUGACGAUUCUCGUCAAGCGGACCAUGUUCUCCGCAGCAGCGUCGACGGAGACGAACGGCGACCAGUCGACGCACCGCGCCGUCAUGAGCAUCACGGGGCAGGUGACGGAGGCGAACGACUAUGUGCGCGUCGGCGCGUACCACACGCUCGAGCUUGAGCGGGGCCGCAAGUUCCGGCUGACGAAGGCGACGGGGUGGGACAGCGUCGCGCUCGAGCGCAUUACAGAGAGCACGCGGCCGGGGCGCGGCGCCGAGAUCGGCGCCGUCGUCUGCGGCGAGGGCACGGCCGCCAUCUGUCUCCUCAGCGAACACAUGACGGUUGUGCGGCAGCGCAUCGACGUGCCUGUGCCGCGCAAGCGGAGCGGGACGAGCAGCCACGACAAGGCCAUGGCGACCUUCUUGAGCACAGUGUACGCAGCAAUCCUGCGCCUGAUCCCGUUCGAGACACUCAAGGUCGUCGUGCUCGCCUCGCCCGGCUUCACCAAGGACACGCUGUACGACUACAUCUUCCAGCAGGCGACCGAGACGAACAACAAGGCGCUGCUGGGCGCGCGCUCCAAGUUUCUGCGCGUGCACUCGAACACGCCGCACGUGCAUUCCCUCGUCGAGGCGCUGCGCGAUCCCGGCGUCGCCAAGAUGCUGCAGGGCGCAAAGUUCGCCAAGGAGGGGCUCGCGCUGGACAAAUUCCACAAGAUGCUGAGUACGGACGAGCUGCGUGCGUGGUAUGGCCCGCAGCACGUGGCACUUGCGGUCGACCGCGGCGCUGUUGGCACGCUGCUGAUUUCCGACGACUUGUUCCGCGCCGCCGACCCCGAGAAGCGCAACCACUUCGUCCGCAUGGUGGAUGAGGUGCGCGCGCGGGGCGGUGAGGCCGUCAUCUUCUCGUCUAUGCACGAGACGGGCGUGCAGCUCAACCUCCUCACUGGCAUCGCUGCCAUCUUGACGUACCCACUCGACAUUGAGGUUGUCGAGAUGGAGGAGCGCGAGGAGCGUGAGCGCCUCGAGCGCGAGGCGGCAGAGGCGGCAUCCGAGGGCUCUACCCCCGCCGCUAGUGGCACCACCACGCCAUGGCGCACCGACGGCAUCUAGAUCCACCCACUGGCUCGUCCACAUAUUGCCUCUGUACUGUUGUUACUCGCCAUGCAUACUUCUAGAACAC